AUGACAACAACGAUGAAUACAGAUGAAAAUCUUACGUUAAAAAAUACGACACUAUCAUCACCGAUGUUAAUGUCAGUAUCACAAACGUCAACAUUAUUACCAUUCCAUGCAUUUGAAAUUGAACCAAGCAACCAAACAAAUAAUAAAAUGCAUUCUGAGGAGCCAGAAGUUGACAACGUAAAUGACAGUGAUAUUACUUCAACUGAUAUAUCAUCAAAUAGAAAUAAUAACGAAUCUAUGAUACAAGAUGAUAGCAAUGGAGAAGGUAUUGAGCAAGAUUCGACAUUAUCAUUGAUAAAUGAAGAAAAUGAUAGCGAAGAAUUUGAAUCAGCAAUAGUUGAUGUAGCAACAACUGAAGAAAUAGAAUCAGUACAAAGUGAAUUGGAAUCAAAAUCACAACAACAACAAGGGGAAGGAGAACUAGGAAUUAUUCAUAAUGAAGACGAAAUACAAUCAGAAAAAAAUAUAACGGAAAUGGAUGAUAUGAUUGAUGAGGAGGAAACUGAUGAAGAUAUGAAACAAGAAAUUUUUGAUUCUGAUAAUACUACUUCAGUAACAUCUUUGGAAGCGCAAACAACAAAAGAAAUGACGGAAGAGGUAAAAUGA